AUGUUUAGUCUCACAGAAAGGUUGACAAGGGUCAACGAUGAGCUAUAUGGUCGAUCCGCUGUCCAGAAAUGGAAGUGCACUCAAGGAAAGGCGAAACCAUGGAGGGGAAACACUUUCCUUGGCAAUGGGGGCAAGAUCAAAGGCAUUCCCUCUUCUUUCUUGAGACGAUAUGCUGGAUUUGGCUCGUCGUACUUAGCCCAAUGCAAGCGGAACUGCAAACGCAGACGGUUUGAGCUCAAGCUCGAAUGUGAGGCACAACGCGAGCUGGACGACGUGACUGGCAAAUUAUACGACUUGGAUGCAGAAAACGAAAGUUGGGAGUGGAAACCUGAGGAUGUCAAGCGCCUCUUAACAGAGAGGGUAGAUGCGUCCCUCGAGAGUAGCCAGAUACCAUAUGAGGCCUACGUUGGUUCCAUUCUAGGUGAACAGUUCCAGCUCGGCCGCUUGAUAAGCGAGGAUGAACAUUGGGGAGAGGCUGUAUACCAGGUGACAGCACUGCUCGCACCCAACAAGGCGCUUGAGGCUAGGUCGUACUGUUUGACCGGGCUUCCCAGAGAGCAGUUGGUGUCAAUAAAAAGACGCAUGAAGAGACUUCAUAGGAAAUAUGGCGUUUCCAAGAUAGACCAGGCGCGGAAGAAGUUCCUUGUCUACUACCGCAACAGUCCUCCAAAUACCCCUGGCAGCGAGAGAGAAAGUGAGAGAACACUUGGCGCUUCAACAAGCACAAAGGAUCGAAUGACUUUUCGAAUUUCGAACUAUGACUAUGAGUUUCCCGCGCUGCUCGAGACGAAAUCUCCGCGACAUACUAGGAUGGGGGUCUGGACCAAAGAAAUGUCUUGGGCCUUCCCUGACCAGUCCUUAAGUUGUGAAGAAUCCAUCAACGAAAGCUCGGCCAGAGACAAUCAUGCCGCCGAGGAACCAAGGCCACCUAGCUCGGGACAGAACCCUGUGGUUUCAAGCAACAUUCUUGAUUCAUGUGCACCUCGCUCCCCACUGCAGCGUGGAAGGCGACGAAGACCAAGAAAGUCCAAAGCCAAAGCAAGCCAAUUGGCAAGUCCGGGCGAGACAUUGCAUGAGACUUUGGCUACUUUCUAUACCGAUAGCGAGAUACACGAAGAAACAGGUAGCCAAGAUGCUUCACGCGUUCCGCCACAACAUGACGCGUGCGUCAAAGAGUUGGGCAGUCUCACAGCUAUGCACGAGCAAUUGAAUAAUAUAGCAGGGAACAUCGCAACAUUGAGCGAUCGACUUGCGGAACAAUAUCAUUUAGUUCAGACAGCAAGUCAAUCUGUACAAAGAAGAGUCGCUUGGUUAUCCCAAACUAUGGACGAGCAGCAGAAACCUGGCAUGGCCUUGGAAGAAGAGUCCCCCAUCUUCUUAGAGCUGGAACGCACUUCUACAUCUUGCCAACGGCUUCGCGCAACUUGA